AAACUCGGUUCCGGUUGAUUCCCUGCUUUGAUCAACUUUAACGUCAGAAUUCCGCCUCAGGUGAGAGUCUGACGGUGUGGUUCCGUCCAGGUGAGUCCAGCAGAAUGAGCUCCGCAGCAGAACUGGAGCAGCUCGCAGAAACAGAGCUUCAGAAAGAGGAUGAGGAGGAUGAAGAGCAGCGUUGUAUCCCAGACGUUACUUCACUUCCUCCCACCUGCAGUCUUGACUCCUCCCAUCCUUAUUACGAUGUGGCUCGACAUGGCAUCAUUCAGGUGUCAGGUGACGACAACUUUGGCAGGAAGUUGAUCACCUUCAGCAGCUGCCUUCUUCCUCCGUCUCACCAGCUGAACCAUCGCCGCCUGCUGGAGUACCUGAGGUUCACCCUGGACCAGUACGUGGAGAUGGACUACAUCCUGGUUUACUUCCAUCACGGUCUGAGGAGCAGCAACAAGCCGUCGCUCAGCUGGUUACGAGAAGCUUACGGAGAGUUCGACAGGAAAUACAAGAAGAACCUGAAGACUCUGUUCGUCGUCCAUCCAACAAACUUCAUCAGGAUCGUCUGGAACAUCUUCAAACCUCUGAUCAGCCAUAAGUUUGGGAAGAAGCUCAGGUACGUGAACUACCUGUCGGAGCUGCGAGAACACCUGAACCUGGACCAGCUGAUGGUUCCUGCAGACGUUCUCAGACACGACGGGAAGCUGCGAGCGGCUCAGACAGGUGGAGCUCCGCCCACCGUGAGAACACCUCCACCUCGACCACCACUGCCGACUCAGCAGUUUGGAGUCAGUCUGCAGUACAUCAGAGAGAAGAACCGAGAUGCUAUAAUCCCACCUGUGAUGUCUCAGACCGUCUCCUACCUGAAGGACAAAGGUCUGAGGACUGAGGGACUCUUCAGACGUUCAGCUCGUGUUCAGGUCAUCAAAGACGUUCAGAAACUUUACAACCUCGGGAAACCCGUGAACUUGGAGGAUUAUGACGACGUCCAUGUUGCUGCUGUGAUCCUGAAGACGUUUCUGAGGGAACUUCCUGAACCUCUGCUCACCUUCAGACUGUACAGCUGCAUCCAGGAGAUCAUCAGUGUGGAGAGCAGUCUGCGUGUAGGCAGGUGUAAGCAGAUCGUCGAGAGUCUACCUGAGCAUCCGUUCAUCGUCACCAAGUACCUGCUGUGUUUCCUCCAUCAGGUGUCUCAGCAGAGUCUGACCAAUAAGAUGAGUCCAUCUAACUUGUCCUGUGUUUUCGGUGUGAACCUGGUUUGGCCUCGUCAUGGAUCCAUUUCUCUGUCGGCUCUGACUCCGAUCAACAUCUUCACUGAGAUCCUCAUCGAACACUUCGACACCGUGUUCGGCUCCCGCUGCCCACCUGCACAGGUAACCCCCUGAUCCACACCUGCACAGGUAACCCCCUGAUCCACACCUGCACANNUAACCCCCUGAUCCACACCUGCACAGGUAGCCCCCUGAUCCACACCUGAUCCAGACUCGUGUUCUCCAGAGGACGACUUUAAACUUUGUUGAAGUUUUUGGACAAAACUUUCAUUUAGUUGAAGAUCUAAAAGGUAAACGUUUGGACUCUGAGAAGACAAAGACACUGAAACUGUUUUUUAAAUGAAAUGUUGGAGUUUUUCCGUGUUUUGAUAUUUUCGUCUUCAGAACGACGACUUUCACACUUUUUAGUUUGAUCAGAAUUUGCACAAACAGAAUGUUUUUGUCGUGACGUUACAGUGAAAUUAAAUUCUUAUAAAACAUGUUUAACUUGAAUACGAGGAGUUUGGAUCAAACUGUUACUGAAACAGUAGAUCGGAUCAGAACCGUUUUAUACACCGACGUGUUUGACUGACUUCAUAGAAAAUGUUCAAACUAAACUGAGAUGCUGGCAUUCAGCUGAAUUUCUCUUCCUGUAUGCUGAACAUGUUGUGUUGUCGAUGAUGUAACUCCUGCUUCUAUGAUUUUGUUUUUGUGUUUUCCUAAAAAUGUCCAGAGGUAUUAAUGUCUUUGUUACUGUCUGAGUUCUGGUUCUGGAAGGUUCUAACGUGUUCUAGAUCUGUUAAUAAACCAAAGACUGAGACCAGCUGAA